ACAGUAAAGAAAAAAAAGCCUUCUCCCCUAGGGUCUAUUUUUGGUGGCAAAGUUAGCCUUUGUGUUGUUCGAAAACACCACUUUCUGUUACUUAGGAGGGACGUUUUCAGAACAUGUGGCUUUGAGGGACACAUUCUAGACACACUUUUAGGAGAUUUAGAAAAAGGAAACUGAGAGGAAAAACAGAGGUUGCCCGAGCCAAACAUGAAGAUGUGGAUGCUACUGAGCUGCUUCCUAGCAUGGACCCUGGUGCCUCUUCUGAGUGCACAGCUACACGUGGACACCCGAGCUGGCUGCAGUACGACCGCCAACGACCUGGUGUACAUCGUCGACGGCUCCUCCAGUCUGGGACUGGGAGACUUCCAGCUCGCCAAGCGGUGGCUCGUCAACAUCACCAACAGCUUCGACAUCAGCUCCCACCACACACAGGUGGGACUGGUGCAGUACAGUGACACGCCCCGCCUUGAAAUCCCAUUGGGCAAGCACCUGUCCAAUCAGGAGCUGGUGGCUGCGAUCGAGGACAUUGGCUACCUGGGAGGAAGUACAAAGACUGGGCGGGCCAUAAAGUUCGCGACCCAGCAUGUGUUUGCCUCGUCCAAUCGAACGCGGACAGCCAGGAACCGCAUCGCUGUGGUGUUGACAGAUGGGCGGAGUCAGGACGACGUCGUGGACGCCGCUCUGGAGGCUAAGGCUCAGAACAUUAUUCUGUUUGCUGUGGGAGUCGGUAGUGAGAUUGACAGCUCUGAGCUGGAGUCCAUCGCUAAUAAGCCGGCAUCUACCUACGUCCUGUAUGCGGAGAACUAUGCAGCCAUCGCCAACAUCAGAGAUAAACUGGAACAAAAACUGUGUGAAGAAUCGGUGUGCCCCGUAGAGACGACCGAUUCCUCGGCCCCGUUCAGAGGCUUCGAUCUUCUCUCUAGGAUGAAGAUUGACCUGAAGGCCAAGAAGGUGCAGGGAUCCAUCAUGUUUCAACCUGCCUAUCUGCUCAACACCAAACUGGACUUCACUGAUAUGACAAGGUCCGUGCUCCCCGAGGGCCUCCCCCGGGCCUUCGUGUUCGUUGCCACGCUGCGUCUGAGGAGCCCGUCCCACAAGGUGAAGCUGGACCUGCUGCGCGUCGUGUCCGGGGACGGGCGGGUCCAGACGGCCCUGACGCUGAACGGCGUCUCCAGGUCUGUGGUCUUCACCACCACCAGCCUCAGCAGGAAGGAGCAGAGCAUCGUCUUCAACAACAAAGGCAUACAGAGGUUGUUUGACACUGAUUGGCAUCAGCUGAAGGUGUUGGUUCGGUCCGGACGCGUCAUCUCCUACCUGGACGGGGUGAAGGUCGAAGAACAGCUCUUGGGCGCCGUCACUCCCAUCUACAUCGACGGGAAGAUUCAGGUCGCCAAGAAGGUCAAGAUGGAGGCCACUGUGCCGUUGGAGCUGCAGAAGAUGAGGCUGUACUGUGACCCGGAACAAAAUGACAUGGAGACAGCGUGUGAAAUCUUCUCUGUGGAGGAUGACAGGUGUCCACUCAACCGGGAGCCUGCAGCCAGCCAGAGCUGUAACUGUCCAAUGGGAAAGCGGGGAUCGACCGGAUUACCGGGACCAAUGGGCUUCAGAGGGGAGAAGGGGAGAGAGGGACCACCGGGACCUGACGGAAAGCCUGGUAAGCCAGGGCUGCCAGGAUUGGCCGGAGAUCCUGGAAAGACUGGCCUGAAAGGAGAAUGGGGAGAGCCCGGACUCAGAGGGGAGUCUGGACUCAAUGGGACCAAAGGGGAGAUGGGGUCUCCGGGUACCCCCGGCCCCCCAGGACCACCUGGCCCUGUAGGACCUGGGUUUGAGAUACUGAACACUUUGGAGCAGCAAGGCACAGGAACGAAGGCGUUGGCUUCAGGAUCUCAGGGUCCAGUCGGACCACCUGGGCCACAGGGAGAACCCGGCCCACAAGGAAAGGAUGGCUUGGCUGGAUCUGCUGGAGCAAAGGGAGAGAAGGGGGGGGCCGGGGUCCCAGGAGUUUUGACAGGCGGUCAGGUGGCCAUGGGCGCACCCGGAGAGGCGGGACCACCGGGCGCCCCCGGGGCCACAGGCCCCCCAGGAGGCGAUGGACGACAGGGCCCGAAGGGCGGUCCAGGCACUCCAGGGUCCAGCGGUCUACCAGGACUUCAAGGAUUGAAGGGAGACCAAGGGCAUGCUGGGAACAUGGGGUUGCCUGGCAACAGAGGACUUCCUGGAGCCAAAGGGGAUAAGGGAGAUACUAGUGUUCCGGGUCCAGACGGGAAGCCUGGCCCACCGGGCACAGAUGGAGAGCCUGGGAGCCCUGGCGUGGUGGUUCGUACCCCUCUUCUGUUAUGUGUAUCAAAAGCCAUUCAAGGUUUAGAGGUCCGCGGUGGAUGUGAGAGUGGGGACAGGGGAAGGGGCGCUGCGGGGGUUCCUGGUGCCAGGGGGGCCGAGGGGAGGACGGGUGCAGACGGGCACCCCGGACACGAGGGCAUCAGGGGCGUCCCGGGGCAGGACGGGUCGCCAGGGCAACCAGGAGUCAACGGCUACCCGGGGACUCCAGGAAAGGGACCAUCAGAUGAGCAGUUAAUGAAGCUCUGCGCCAAUGUGAUCCAAGCUCAGUUCCCUCAGCUCCUCCAGCUGGUCACUCCGUCCGGAGGUUGUCAGUGUGAAGGUUCUGCCGGACCCCCGGGAACGCCGGGGGCCCCUGGCCUGGAGGGGGGGCGCGGACCCCAAGGGCACCCGGGCCAGGACGGGCCCCGGGGCCACUCGGGGAUGCCAGGGCAUCGGGGCCCCCGAGGAUCUAAAGGCGACGCUGGACCAAUCGGGAUGAAGGGCGCCAGAGGAGAGGGGAGUGUCGGGCCGCCAGGAGAGAUGGGACCUGCAGGUGUCCAGGGGCCGCGGGGCCAGGACGGCGUGGGGUCCCGGGGGCCACCAGGGGAGCCCGGGAAGCCUGGAGGCCACGGCGUCCCCGGGAAGAGGGGCCCGCCGGGGGCCCAGGGGGGCUGCGACAUGGCCUCCUGCUACCAGGCCUACAGCCAGCUGCGGCAGGAGCACUACGGCAAGGGGCCGUACCACUAGCGUGGGCCCCCCACCCCCCCCCUCUAACAAUUAACAUCUCCGCAAAGCCUUUGCCCUAAGAGGGGGUUACCAGAUCCUUAUGAGACACGCUGCUCAAGUCA